GAGCCCUCCUAUUUUCAGAUUACUCACCUGGGACCUCCUGACAUUAACCCUGAACUAAAAUCCCUAUGUGUUGAAGGAUUUUUAAGAUAAACAUUGCCAAACGUUAACUGUAUGUUGUGAUAUUUGAAGCUGUUUUUUUUAUUGUUUAUUAUUUCGCAGGCCUCCGGUUGCUUGACAUUCUGCCCAAAUUAAGGGAACAAGAGGACGAAGACUUGAUUAUUCAAUGUGAGGCUUUCGAGGAGGCAAUGGCUGAGGAUGAGGAAGAGCAGCUGCGGCUUUACGGAGGCAUUGAUAUGAGUAAUCACCAGGAGGUUUUCACUGCACUCUUCAACAAGGUGAGCAGCUCUCCAGCCUCCCUCCAGCUGCUCUCCAUCCUGCAGACCAUGCUGUUGCUCGGGCCGAGCCGAACCGAUAUCUGGCUGGCUCUGGAGUCCAUCAACAAUAGAGCCAUACUCCUCGCCCAGGACUCUCAGAUGGAGUCCUGUGAGAAGAUCAUGCAGCGGCUGAUGUUUUUCAAGGGGAGGAGCUGUGAAGGGCAUGAUGAAGCGGACGGACUUGUACUGAAAGUGGACAAGGCUGUGCAGACCGGUCUGGAUCAGGAGGACAGAGACAAGCCAGACACGAAUGCAACGUCCACUCAGAAGCCUCUGUGUGUCUCUCCUCCCCCGCCUCCACCACCACCACCUCCCCCGCCACCACCACCGCUACCUGGAGGGCUGGGUGGACCUUCUCCUCCUCCACCACCACCUCCUCCAAUGCUUGGAAUGCCUCCACCACCCCCACCACUACCUUGUGGUCCGGGCAUGCCUCCCCCUCCACCACCAUUACCUGGAAUGGGUGGUGGUCCACCACCACCUCCUCCAUUACCUGGGAUGCCUCCUCCUCCACCACCUCCUCCUGGCAUGAUAGGGCCUCAGAGCAGCCAGAUCUUGGGGUCCAGUACACUAGCAAAGCCAAGCAGAUGUCCCACUCUAAAGAUGAAGAAGCUCAACUGGCAGAAGCUUCGCUCUGUCACAGAUGGUCAGUCCAUGUGGGCGUCGGUUCAGAAAGAACCGCCUCCUCAUGAGCCAAACUAUGGCAGCAUCGAGGAGCUCUUCUGUCUGCCGGUGACCGAGCCCAAAGACAAGGGAGCCACUGCUCCUGUGAAGAAGGAACCUAAGGAGAUAACCUUCAUUGAUCCAAAGAAAAACUUAAACAUGAACAUAUUCCUGAAGCAGUUCAAAUGUACAAACGAGGAGUUCGUAGCCAUGAUCCAAAAUGGAGACCGAAGCAGGUUUGAUGUAGAGGUGCUGAAACAGCUCAUGAAGCUCCUACCAGAGAAGCAUGAGAUUGAGAAUUUGAAGUCCUUCCAAGGAGAAAAAGACAAGCUGGCGAAUGUUGAUCGCUUUUACACCUCCCUGCUUAAUAUACCGUGUUAUCAGCUCAGAAUUGAAUGCAUGUUGCUGUGUGAGGAGACUUCAUCACUGCUGGAGAUGCUCAAGCCUAAAGUGAAGCUGGUAGAGGAAGCCUGCCAGUCUCUCAAGAUGAGCACACUGUUACCCAGUUUCUGCAGACUCAUUCUGGAUGUUGGAAAUUUUCUCAACUAUGGAAGUCACACAGGGAACGCUGAGGGUUUUAAGAUCAGCUCUCUGCUGAAGUUAACGGAAACAAAGGCCAACAAGAGCCGCAUCACACUGCUUCAUCACAUCCUGGAGGAAGCAGAGGCGAACCACCAGGAGCUGCUGGCUCUGCCGAAUGACAUAGAGAUAUGUCAGAAAGCAGCAGGGGUCAAUUUGGACUCUAUGCAGUCAGAAACUGGUGCUUUGCUAAAGCAGCUUAAUGACUCUGCCAAGAAAGUGUCCAACUCUGUGGACGAGGUGAAAGAGCAAUACGCAGAAAUCCUUGAGGAAAACCUAAAGGUGUGUCAAGGUUUAAGUGAACGAUUCACAGAGAUCGAGAAGAAGAGGAGUGAUCUGGCUGUCUACUUGUGCGAAGAUGUGAGUCAGCUGUCGCUCGAGGAUCUCUUCGGAACCAUCAGAACGUUCAGAGAGCUUUUUAUGAAGGCACUGAAGGAAAACAAAAUGAGGAAAGAACAAGCUGCCAAGGCUGAGAAGAGAAAGAAGCAGCUGGCAGAAGAAGAAUCCAAGAGACAGAAGGGAGAGAAUGGAAAAAUAAUAAAGAAAGGCAUCAUACCACAAAACGAUGGCUGCAUCAUUGACCAUCUCUUGGCGGACAUCAGGAAAGGUUUCAGCCUGAGAAAGACCCGGCCAAGGUGCGAUUCGGAAAGCCUCUCCUCUAGUGAAAUGCGUAGAGAUACCUGCCCACCUGAUUCAAGUGUGAAGCCUGCAGACGAAGGAGCCGCCACCGCCGCUCCCACCAAACCUCAGGCAGAGGAUCACCAGCGCUUCAAAGGCGAAGUGAACGGCCUCAUCGGCCCAUCAGAAGAGAGUGCCAAAGUUCCUCUGCUCAGUGCAGCCCAAAAUGGGACAGUAGUGCCUCCCAACCCACCCCCAGGAGAGCCAGCCAUAGCGACGCAGACUCCUCCGGAAAGGCCAGCAUCGCUGCAGGAUGGUCAAGACCAAGAGAAACCUGCGGCCUCGGAGCUAGACACGAAACCACCUCAAGCUGAAGUUCAACCAAGUCUUCAUUCAAACAGCUUUUCUUUAGAUUCAACAGAGACUAGCAUCCUCAGUCCGUCAUCCCUCUCUGAUUCAGACCUGCUUGAGGCUGUGCUGGACAGCGGAUCAAGUCUGGUUCCUGAGGUCUCAGAUGAGUCAGGCAUUAAUAAAAGCAUCGAUAUCCAAGAAGGUUCAUCUAUUACAGAUACUAAUGGGAAAUGUGGUGAAAUCACAAAGGAAGAUCACAAAUUAAGCAAUUUGUCAGAAGCAAUGGGACAAGAAGUAGGUGAAGAAAAGGAAUACUUAACUGUGAGAACAUGCGGGGAGGAUGAAGUUUGGAGUAAAAAACACUCUGAUCUUAAAAUAAGUGUGGUCACACUCGAUGAAGGCAUCAGUGGGUGCGAUAUUCCAGAUGGGCAGGAGCCAGAGGAUUUGCCGUCGGUUUCUGACGUGUCCACCUCUCUUACACCUGAACCAAAGAAGCAGUUGAAGCUCUUUAAAAGAAGCAAAAAGAGGAGUAAUCAAGGUAACAGUGGGAAAAGUGGGAAAGGACACACUAAACAUAAAUCAGGCUGUGUGUUGCAGUGAGGUGAUUCCAGAAAGAGGAAAUCGAGAGGAAAAAGAAAGUGUUAAUUGCACGCUGGAGGAACGGUUUUAUUUAUUGAUUUAAAACGGGAAUAUUAAUUAUAUGAACUCUCUGAAGACGUUGGAGAAGUCUGUCUUCUACAAAAGUUCCCCUAACCAAGAAGAGUUAAAACAUCCAGGGCUCUGAUUUUCACAGCAUGGAUGUUAAAGCGUCACUUUAUGUAAAUUAAAGCUUGUUUAUGUGAAUGCAGAGCUGUUCUAAAACAUAUAUGUGAAUGUGCUUUAUAUGUUUCUAUGUUUGUAUAUUUUGUAAUAAUUAGUGAAAUGUGUUUGCUAUGAGUUCCAUUUACCCUGCAGCACCCAACGAGAAGAUAAUGUUGGUGAAAGAUGUCUAUUUUAUCCCUUAAAAAAGCUGGUUUUGUCUUAAAUUCUUUAUACAUUUCAACAACUGUAAAAGAACAAAUAAUUGAAUGUAACUUUUAAUGUUAAAUAUAUUUUAAUAAAAUUUACUGUACUGUU